AUGUCGGAGCAUCACACAACAGAAGUGACACGGGCGGGGAACGUGAGAUAUGCCGCGCUACCUAAGAUUGAAGUCCCAGAACGCUUCGCGGGGACGCCAGGCGUGGGCAGCAGUCUCAAGAACUACAUGAUGCAGAUCCGCAAUGCGCAGUACCGCUGGAUGAAGGAUGGGCUGGAACCGGAAGAUUUCUUCCGGGGGCUUUCGAACACAGUGACGGGCGAAGCAGAGACUGCGUACGGCAUGGAGCUGGAGCGCAUGCUAAGCGAGCCCGCGCAGGCUAAUGGGGUGACAACGGCUUUCAAAAGGAAGCCGGGGGAGUCGCUGCUGGCGACGUACGGCAGGUUGCGGGAGCUCGCAGCGGAUAUGGAGUGCCGAGACGAGUGGAGGUUGGUCUCCAAAUUCCUGAAUUGCGUGGACGAGCGCGUGGCCGGGGACGUGAGAGGCAGAGUGUUCGAGAUGGGACCUUCGGCCACGCUGGAGCAUGCGUACGAACGGGCGAAGAAGCACGAGAUUGGGCUCCGCCUCUACGAGAUGGAGAGGGGCGUCAUGCACUCCGAAGAGCGCCGCAAGCCUGCCUGGGCGGCGGUGGCGACAGGGGAAUCCUCUAGCAGGCGUGGCCCACGAGAAGCGGAGACUCGGAGAUGCCAUCGGUGCGGACAGGAGGGACACUUGCAGCGUGAUUGCAGUAGGCCACCGAGGUGCGACCACUGCCAGGCAGAAGGGCAUCUGCGCCGGGAAUGCCCUGAUCUCCCCACGUGCGAAAAUUGCGGGAGGCGAGGACAUCGCACCUCGGACUGCUACAGCCGAAGGCCAGGGUCGGCAGGGCCGAGGAACAAAGGAGAUCUAGAGGAGCAGCUUCGGGUGCUACAAGCAAGGAUUCAAGAGCUGGAAGGUGCAGCCCGCAAGGAGCCCGCCAUGCUGGCCAAGGAAGAAGAGGAAGGUGGCAGUGAGGCAGAGUUCAUGCUCAUGGUCAGGGCUCCGCGGCAGCGAGACGAGAUCGACCUCAGAAGUGAUCGAGCACAGAGAAGACAGCAGCCGGAGCCAAAGGUGAGGCGGUUUCGUGGGUACGCGGCAGAACCAGAGCAAGAGAUGACGUCCGAAAGGCACCCCAAGGAGCGCAUGGUGUGCCAGCCUUCCGUCCUGACGAUUGAAAAGGGGGCCAUCACGGUGGGAGGAGUGACGGUGGCGCAGGCAAUCAUAGAUACGGGGGCCCAUCACAUCCUCGUGGGAAAGGGGCUGGCCCAGGGGAGUGACGUCGGCCCUUCCUUCGUCGACCACCGAUCUAGUCAACCUCCCGGUUGA